UUGUAUUGGGAUUUUUUUCACUUUUUUUUUGCAGGAUACCUUUACGAGUGCCUUGAUAAUUGUCAGUGUGAUACUGACGAUGAAGCAAUACAUUGUCAUAGUGGACAGCGCGAAACGCUUACGCUGCCCAAGAAUCGACUUCGCGGCUUCUCAGUUAUUGGAAUGACUUAUAACAACAUAAAAAGUCUACCGGCAGAAGAAGAAAUUCUAAAAAAGUUUCCAGAUAUUAGAGCUAUCGAUGUAGAGAGGAAUCCAAAUUUUGACUGUUCGACGCUCAGUAAUUACAAGACUGUUACGGUUGGUGCGUUAAUUGCCACGCUCAGUGAGAUAAAUGAAUUUCAGGACUGUAACUUUUCGUGUUUCGCGAAGAAACACUACGAGAAACUUCAUACUUAUGUUCUAGAGCUUUGGAAGGUAAGUCACCAUGACCGAUUCCUGUACUGUGCUUAUUCCAUAACAAGCAAACAUUCAUUUCCAUUAAACAAGCGGAAGCGACUGACGCCGUAA